GCUGCCUCGGGACACCAGAAGCUGCUGAAAAUGUCCAGCAGGUAUCACAAAGCAGCGGCUGAUGGCAACGUGGACCUGUUGAAAGAGGCCACCAGGAAAGACCUCAACACUUCUGAUGAAGAUGGGAUGACACCCACACUUCUGGCAGCCUACCACGGGUACCUGGAGGCUCUGGAAGUCAUUUGCCGGAGGGGGGGUGAUCCAGACAAGUGUGACAUCUGGGGGAACACGCCCCUGCACCACGCUGCCUGCAAUGGCCACCUCCACUGCGUCUCUUUUCUCAUCAACUUUGGUGCCAACAUCUUUGCCCUGGACAACGACCUGCGCACUCCCCUGGAGGCAGCGGCCAGCAGGGACCGCAGCGAGUGCGUGCAGAUCCUGGACAAGGCUGCCACUGAGCAGAACUUGCUGAACCCAAAGAAGGUCUCCAAACAAAAGGCACAGGCCCACAGGAACGUCGAGAGGCAAAUCAAGGAAUGUGAGAAGCGCCAGGAGAAACACCAGCAUGAAAUGAACCGGAAUUAUAUCAAAGAGAAGGUCGGCACGGUGAAUUCCUCCAAAGGAACGCACUCCAGGGUAAAGCUGCCCGGUCUGUUUGCUUCAAAUACCACAAGUACUUUAACCAAAACCCUGAAAGAUACCUUGAAACUCAAGACAAAAAAGACAGCUGACAGCACAAGAAGGCAGGAAACACAAAGAAAUGACCAAGAGGAUGAUACCAGAAGGAGAAGUGUGAUGCAUUUGUUUGAUGAGAAAGAGGAGGAUGAAUUACUCGAUGACCUCGAAGAGAAAAACCUUGCUGGUAAUGACAGUCAGCUCUCCAUUUUUCAGAGGCCAGGUCUUGGCAAGAUUGUGUUUGGGAGGAAUUUGGCUGCAGAGGUAAAUCCUGAAACUGUGUCUUCUGAGAAGGAAGAGAUAAGAGUUACAAUGGCCAGUGAGCUCUUUCAGAAUGAAAAUGCUGAGAAUGGCAGGGAAGAUAAUGCUGAAAACAGUGCUGAUGUCCCUUGGAACGAGGAAGAAGUCAUUUGGGAUGAUGAGGAAGCAGAGAAUACACCCCUUGAGGUAUUUCUGGCAUCACAGAUGCUGGAUGAGUUUCUCCCAGUCUUCAUGAGGGAAAAAAUUGAUUUAGAAGCCCUGAUGCUAUGUUCUGAUGAAGACCUACAGAGCAUUCAGAUGGAGCUUGGGCCAAGAAAGAAAGUCCUGAAUGCUGUGAAUAAAAGAAAACAGGCACUGAAGAACCCUGGAAAAACUGUAGAUACUUGCUUAUAAAUUACCAUACCUGUUGUUGUAACCCACACUCUGAUUCAUUACCUUUCCCUCUCUCCAAGGAGUGUGCAACUCUUUUCAGAAAUCUGCUAAAGCAAAAGGCAGAGGGAUUACCAAUUGCUUUAAGAAGUACAGCAGGGAUAACAUUUUUUUCUCUCUGGAUAGGUAGUAGUGGUGAACAGGAUAUUAAGUAAAGUAUAUUCUACCAAGUAGCAAGAAUGUGAAGGUAAAAACCCAAAAGCUUUUUCUCCCUGAACUGUUUAUGUGGUCUGGAUUUCUUUUGGUCCAGAUAAUUUUAAAUAUCAGUGAAGGCCAGGCCCGCUGCAUUCCUUAAUAAAGGCCUUCUUUUCCUCUCCAAAACCACAAUGCAAAGAAUAUUCUCAGAGCUUUAGAGCUUUGAGUUUUCUCCAUUUGCUUCUGUAAGAUCAGUAAAACCACUCUACUUGGUACUGAUGGUAUGUUAGAAAAGGAAUCUUGAUUUUAGCUGUUGUUUACUGACUCUUAUCACGUCUGAAUUAAUGUAAA